GUGCCUGUAAUUACACAUUUCCAAGUGAAGUCUCGAUAUCGGGUGUUAACGUAUUAUCGACACGCAACGUUGAACUUACAAUACAUUUAAAUACCCGAUACGCAAUACGGAAAUGACGACACGAAACUACAACAAGAACAACACGUAGACGAAGGGCAAACAGUGCGACCAGAUUGUCGGCAGCGUGAAGUAAGCUAGGAAAAUGGUAAAGACGAGGACAAUAUCAAAGAAGUCAGGGAAUCGCUGCCCGAUGUGUGCAGGAAGAUUCGGAGAGGAUGACGCUUGGUCAAACCAUCUGGUAGAAUGCGGCAACCGACAGAGGCAGCUUAAAAGAUUCGAGUGCCCCGGAUGUGAUUAUGCCGCUGUCAAGAAGUGUGAUUUAGAUAGACACCAAAGACGAUUUGGGCAUAGCGAACCUCAGCAGGCAUCGGAUAGUGAAGGGGAAUGGGAAGAGCAAGAUCCGGGUUAUCUUCUCGCUCCACAGGCAGUGAAACAGGAGCCAGAUUGGAGCGUUACCUUAAACCAAGAGAAUGGCGACCUCAGCGAGGACGUUGUUGGAAGUAGCAAUGGUGCAUUUCCCUGUUCGCCGCUAGAGGAGAAGCGCGAUAUUGUUUGCCAAGCCUCGACUGUCAGAAAGCGGGCAUCUUCACUGUCAGGUAUAGCCACAAAACCUAAGAUAGCUAAACCAAGUUCUGACUUUGAUUCGAGUGAAAGGACUGAGAACUUAAAGCAUAACCAAUUAGGCACAACCGGGGUCCAUGGUUUAAAUUUCGGCACGCUUUUAGUCGAUGCAAGUACGCAGACAGAUGCACCAAUCAAGAAUGUGACGAAGAAAAGGACAGUCACAUAUCAGAAGAAGGGGAAAACCAUUGUGGAGGUCACGGAGGAACAUUGGACAGAAUAUUAACAAGCAAUUAGUUAACCUUGUGCUGUGGCAUUUAGUAUCGCCCAGAGCCAGACUCUCUAAGGCAAGAAGCAGAUAUUCGAUUCUCCUAUAAAAUAUCCGUGGAUUGGCGAUUAUUUUAUUUUUAUAAAGUUUUUCGAUGCGAUGUUACAGAGUUUUGGUUAUAAAACUGAAAGCGA